AUGAGACGUAGAAUAACUAGAAGGCAAAAAAGUCAGAACACAAAAACCGAAGAAGACAGCGAAACUAACCCAAUAACAGUGCAAAUUGACAAAGACGAACAAUAUGUCGAACAAGAAAACAUUCAGCUAGAGGAAGAUCAUAUCAUGGAAGGUGAAUUACUUGAACCGGAACUACCUUUGCAUGACUCUCCGGGGCUUAUUACGGACUUUCCUGACUUGGAAGAGACUAAGGAAACUCCUAGAAAAGAUAUGAAAAAAUCGAAAGAUGAAAGUAAUUACGAAGAAGAAUCACAACACCCAGAAGAGAAUAACGAAAAAUUAGAGGCACUUAAAAGUGAAGACGAUGAUGAAAUAGAGGAAGAAGGAGUAAUCGCUGCUCGUAAAUUAACACGAAGCACAAGAAGGCUUAGGGUAAUUAUCGCACCUAAAAAACCUCAAACGCGAAAGUCUCAGCGAAAGGCAACAAAAGGGUCAAAAGAUUGGGAACCGGAUCAUGAUUUUAAAGGUCGAGACAUUGUAUUUGUUGAUCCAUUAGAUGAUAAAGCUGAAUUUUGGUGGCCGGCAAUGAUCGUUCCUAACGACGAAAUUGAUGAAUCGAUGGAUGUUGAUGGUAAACUUGAAGAAAAUUUACUUGCAGGAAAAUUUCUUGUAAGAUAUUUUGAAGAUAUGACGUACUCAGUGGUCGAAUAUAAAGGUCUUAAACAUUUUAUUCCAGACGCAGAACCCUUUCUUACAUUUAAAAAUACUUGUGAUAAAUUUUCAAGUCAUAUUGGAGUUCGUAGAGCUUUGACAUGUAAAAUUAAAGGUGAACCCAAUAAAGCUUUUAAGUGGGAUUAUUGGAAAAGACCGUUAGGGGAGAAUCAAGAACUUACUCCAGUUACAACUACAAUGUCUUCAACUAAAAGAAGGACAAGUACGUCUAAAGGUGGAUCAAAAUCCAAUUAUAAAACUGCGGAAGUGGAAAAAAAUAAAUCGCCAAUACGUCGCAAUAGCUCAUCAAUAAAAAGCAAAUCAUCAAUAACAAAUAGUGGGAACCAUAGUUCUCAAGCUUCUCAGGAAGGUGAACCAUCUGAAGAAGAGAACAUUAUAGAUAUAUGUAUAGCAAGUCCACCAUCAUUAGGCCGUAGGCGAAAAUCUGAGACAGAAAAUAUUGAUUCUCAGGAUUCCCAAGAUUCUCAGUCUAAUACUGGUACAACAAAAGAUAAUAUGGAGAUAGAAAACGUGGAGACUAAUAAAAGUCCAAAAAGAAGACGCAGCAGUCUAACAGACAAGUCAGAUGAAGAUAAUUCGAGAAAUCGGAAAAUUAAGCGUGUUUCUGCGGACGAAUUAGUGGAUGAAGAACCUACGGUACCUUCACCCACAACACCUAAUGCGACGUCUACUAUGGUUGAAACAUUGGUAGAAAUGGCUAUAGAUGUAACAGAAACAAUAAUUGAAACAUCAACGGGAAAAAACAACGAACCGUUGAUAGAAAUUAUGGAGGAAGAUAAUGUUCCAUCUGCAACGCCGUUGACAUCACCACCUUUGAUUAUAGAAGAGUUAAACGAAGCUGCUCAAACAAAUAUUACCAGAUUCAAAUUCGACGAUCCUACAUUGGAUUCAGAAACAAAGGAAAAAAUGUAUGAUGAUGCCGAGGAGGAACUCAGGUCUUUAAUGAAAGAAUGGCGUGCUCUUAAUAGAAACCUUCGUAAGAUGGAAAAGGAGUUAACGUCUAAAAGAGCAAGAAAAUCGAGAAAUAAUGAAGAACUGGGAGAUGGUGAUAUAGAUACAGAUGACGAGGGGGACGCCAAUGGACAUGUAGAAAAUGGUGUAGAGCUGGUAUAUUCAAGUGAAAACGAAAAUAAUAAUGAAGAUGGCGAAGAACGCGAGGAUGAGGAGGAAAUCCAAGUAAUUACUCGAAGUAGAAAAAUGAAUGAAGAUUCUAAAGCGUCAAAAGGCAAGCGCACAUUAAAAAAAAUAUAG